AUGUUCAAACUCAAAUUGAAUCCUAGUUUAAUCAAUUUCUUAAAAGAACUUAGAAAUCAAAAAAUCAUAUCGAAUGAAGAGUUAAUUGACUUAAUUGACGUACAAGGAUCUAUAUCUCUCCACACUUUUUUAGAAUUAUAUGGAAAAUAUCAAGAGGAUCGAAGUUCUAAAGAUAAACCAAGUUAUGAUAUCAAACAUCUAUUAACGCCAUUGGAGUUCCAAUUCAAACCCAAGAACGCGCCCGGUUCAAACUAUUCUCCAGAAUUCAAACAGCAUUUAGAUAAUCUACGAUAUAAGUUAAAGGAAAAAGAAUACCAAGAAAUGAUUAAAUCUAAUUCAACUGAAACUUUAGGCCUUGGAAAUAGUAUAGAUGAUUUCAACACUCCUGAUCUGACACCAUCACAAAUAAACAAACAGAUUAAAGAACAAGUAACAACUGUGUUUAAUAUUCUUCUUAGUGUGGUAUCUGUGAUAGUGGCAAUUUGGUAUUGGUCUGGAUCCUCAAGUAGAUUUCCAGUUGAAAUUAGAAUACUUCUAUGUUUAUUUUUUGGAUUGCUAGUAUUACUUGCAGAGGUAGUGGUAUAUAACGGUUAUUUACAGAGACUUAAUGAAGCAAAGACAAAAGAAAAAUCAAAGAAGGAAAGAAAGAAAGUCAUUAAAACAAUUAAAAUUGAUGCAAAUAGAAAAAUACAAUAA